AUGAAACUUCUCACGUGUUCGCUCUGGUGGCUGGCGCUGUUGGGCGAGAGGUUACUGGCGACGGGAAGGCACUUGGCCAAAUUCGCACCAUCAUUGAAGGAAGAAGGGGAGCUGUUUGUGGAGUCUCCGUACGAGUGCGAGCACAGCGGGUUUAUAAGUCUGUUGAAGAGGAACCCGCUAUACUUUUGCUUCUUCGUGGGUGAAGGGGAUUACUACGGGCUAGUGCUUCGGACCUACAACUCGGAAGACCUCAAGUGGGAAAAUGCAACAGAGGUGUUAAUAACAAAACAAAAAAUAAAUAUGUAUACCUUCAUAGACGAUUACAUCUCUGGAAAACUUAUCCUCAUUUAUUCAUACGAUGAAAAAAUACGAGUCACCGUUUUUAAUAAUUAUAAAGAGCCAUCCACAGACACGUACAAGAUUGGUGUUAAUUAUGAAAUCCUGCAGAUAGCUAAUGUGACUUCAAGAGUUACAUACAUCUUCAAGAAUAGAAAGUCCAUUGUUCUUUGUGGUAUGAACAGAAGUAACAAUAUCCUUUGCUCCUUCUCUUUCGAUUAUGGACUCACCAUGAAGGAUGAAAAUGCUAUUGAGUUCAUUUUAAAAAAUAAAAUCCCCAUAGCAAAUUAUAAAAUGCAUGUGGAGUUUAAUCAGGAACAAGUUUAUUUCAACUUAUACGAUGAUGUGAUUCAAGACAAUGAUUAUGAGCUGAGGUGCACCCAAGGGUUUGAUACAGAGUACACGUGUGAUAUACUAUCUAAGCCACUUAAAGAAACAGAGAGCAUUCAAUAUAGAGGUGUGUUGCGCAAUCCCAUGUUUCAGAGUAUCGUGUACGAGAUGAAGGACAAGUGUUAUAUUGGAUGGUCUUUCAACUCGACUAGCAUGAACAGCGAGAUUGAGAUGCUCGUUUCAGAUUCUCCAUGUUCACAUGUGUCACUCUUUCACCACGGGACUUCCUUGGUGGUUGUUUACCAGCGUGGCCCCUUCGCUCCACUGGGUCCCCAGUUUUACCGGAUCUUCGAGAACUUACACGAGAAGAGUGCCGGUUGCGAGUUCCGCGUGGGGGGCAGCCUGUACGUGGCGAGCACCUUCACGAACGAGCAAUGUAACAUCAACAUGGAAAAUAUAAAUGUGAACCCCGAGAACGAAGAAGAAAUAAGUUUCAGUAUCGUUGUGCCUUCGGAGUACGAAAUACAAGACUCCACCUGUUUCGUCUCCAACGACAUGUACGACAAUGACAAAACAACUUUGUACUACCUCGAGAGAGAUCAAGUGGAACAGGAGAACCUGUCCAUGUACACCUUCCUCUUCUACCAAUACAUAAUAGACCACACCCAUGUGAAGGAGAGCACUUGUAUUUUUGUGAACGAAAAAAAGAAGAAGGACAAGUUGCAAAUUUCUCUCACGCUGGAAAACUCAUACAAAGAAGACACAUGCGAUAUUGGAUCAGACGAUUUGUGUGAUUUCAUUGUUCAAGGCAAAAGCAAAAUAAUUAUUCAUUUUGAAGAACAAGAUUGGGAAGCGGAUAAUGAAUUUGUGAAUGCAUCUCGAGUCAUUUACAACGGCGUUCAUAUACCUCUACAUAACCUACUGAGCACAUCAAAUAUAAAUGACCUCGUUCAAAUAAGUAAAAACCACAUUUCCAUUUUUAUCCCUAAUAUAAUACCUAGCAGUAGAACGGCCAAAAUUGUAUUUAGGAGUAAAAAUGAAGAGGGAAGAAAUAAGCCUGUAUAUCUUAGACUGCAAAAAAAUAUUAAACCGAUGAAGAAAAUAUUAGGGAUAAAUUUCUCCUCCUCAUUUGACAUAAGCUACAAAUAUUUUAAACACUACCAGGAGAAUGUUCAAUUUUUAAUAAAUGAUUUUAAGGAGACAAAUUACAUAGGGAUGGUGUGUGAAACACAUGUGCAGAUUACAGCACCCCCAUGUACUCUCAUCCUAGUGGAUCACACCAAUAAAAACUUUCAUAUCCAUUCUAUCUUCCCUCAAAAGGUCCCCUUCCUGUAUAGCUACACAAAGAAGAAACUCCCUUACGCACACAACAACCUCUACAUAAGCGAAACCAGGUUUGUCGUCUUUAAGCAUUUCAAUUCCAUCCUCGAACAGAAAAAUAUUAAGUACCUUUACUUCAAGUGUGUGUGCAAUACAAAGAACAGUGAAGGUACCGACUCCUACAACCAAAUAGACUUUAUUAUCACCACUGAAAAUAUUUCCUCUGAGGUUAUACACUCACGAAAGGUUAUAGAACUUCCAAAAAAUUACAAAGACGAUGAGAGUGAGGUGGAACAGGAGACCAACACUCAACAAAAGGAGAGUAAAGAACACCCCAAGUUUAAGCAAGCACAGGGGGGAAUGCCACAACCAAGCAAAAGGGAUUCCUCUUCAAAAAAACCCUAUGCAAAACUCUCAGGCGUUGACUCCUUUGGCAAGAAUAACUUCUACAGGAGUUGCGCCACGUGUUGGAAAUUCUCCCUGUGCGUCAUCUUCGCCUUCCUCUUCCUCUGCUUCCUCCCCUGA